AUGUUCUACACGUUAUUCAUUGCACAUCUGCUUAUAGCUAGUAAAACUAGUCUAGCUAGUGGUAGCAACACUAAUCAACUAGAGGUUAGUGGUAGCAACACUAAUCAACUAGAGGUUAGUGGUAGCAACACUAAUCAACUAGAGGUUAGUGGUAGCAACACUAGUCAACUAGAGGUUAGUGGUAGCAACACUAGUCAACUAGAGGUUAGUGGUAGCAACAGUAGCGUAAUGGAUAAGUAG